ACACCUCCAGUGAGGAGCGGGAAGCUAUUGCCUUUCAUGUAGUCGAGCUGCACCGUACUUGUUUUCAUUCAACACUUUUAUACUCUGCUUUUUAACAGAUUCAGAAAUAUGUUCACACAUGGACGGGAAUCUAAAGUUUUCUGGACAUCUGUGUUGGUGAAUCUUUUGCAAUUUGUUUAAUGAACAAUGAAGACUGCAAAGAAGAAAGUUGUAGGUGGGAUCGGUGUAUUAGCGGCUGGCUGUAGCAACACAAGCAGGAGGACUUUGACUUGGAUAGCAGACGCGCCAGCCGACGCUAGCCGCCGACCGCAUUGAUGAUCGGGUGAAGUCCUUCGUCCUUCCGUCGAUCGCUGGAACGCAGAAAACCGCCUGCGAUCAGAGGUUGCGCUCGAUGAGAGGAGCAUCUCUGUUCCUCUGCACGGUGUGUGAGCCGUGCCUCGGAGAGAGAAGAAACCCACCGAGCAAACACUUCACAGGAGAGCAUCAGGAUGAGCGUCACACCUCCACUGUUCCUCCUGCUCCUGAGCUGCGGCGUCCGGGCCGUCCCCUCCCCGUUCCAGCUGGCCCCGGACACGCCGGCACCGGCGGAGCCCACGCCAACCCAGGCCGCACCCGGGCUGCACCCCUGCGAGGGGCGACCCUGCCUCAACGGGGGGCUGUGCCUGGCUCUUCCCUCCCCGGGCAGAGCAGAGGACACCUGGGAGUACACCUGCACGUGCAGUCAGGGCUUCACCGGACGCAACUGCGAGUUUUUCACAGACCCAUGUUCCAGCAGUCCCUGUCUCCAUGGAAACUGCAGCCUGCACAAUGGAGAGGAGGAGGGGGAGCCGACUUACACCUGUGAAUGCAGUGACGGCUUUGAGGGCCCUAAGUGUGAUCAGAUGCUACCGGACCUGGCUGACUGGGAGCCCGUGACACCGUCUGCCCCUGAACUGGCCACCCCCGUCGCUUCCACAACACCCGCCGCCACUCAGCCAUCCACCGAGCCCACCAGCACAACACCAGUGCCUCAGACCCUGCAGCCGUGGCAACCCAAAACUGGGCAGCGGCUUCUGAUGGUGCCAUGGGAGGAAGACAGGGUCACAGAGGGUCUGCACUGUGUGAGCCCAGAGCUGUGCGAGCUGACAGCAACUCUGACUUUAUCUCUGGAGGUGCCAGAGGAAACGGCUGUAAAGUUGUUGGUGAAUGCCACUGGAGCUCCUGUGCUGUGGCGUGUAAAUGAAGAAGGUUUCCUGCGAUCUUCCGUUUCAAAUGGCUCCAAAUUGUGGUUCCUGCAGGCCUCCAAUGGGCUGGUGGUGCCAGACCAUGCGUUACCUCUGGGACAAAACUACUUCAUCAGUGUGAUACAGGUGGAUACUCCCAUGGCCCCAGAGGUCACCCUGCGUCUCAACCUGACAGUGAAAGCUAGCAGCUGCGUGGAACCCGGCAGCAGCUUCAGCGACCCUCAGUGCUCCGGCAAAGGCAAAUGUGUCACGCAGCCCUCUGAGAGCACCUUCUUCUGUGAGUGCGAUGACGGCUACACCGGAAUCUUCUGUGAGGAAUUUGACGCCUGCCAUCGCCGCCCUUGUCGUAACAACGGCACAUGCACUGAUGUUAGGCAGGGGGGGGAAGGACGCAAUUUCACUUGUACCUGUCAACCAGGUUAUGAAGGGGACCGCUGCCAGUUGCUGGUGAACCACUGCCUCUCCCAGCCCUGCGAGAAUGGAGCCACCUGCUCCAGCAGUUUGGCUGGGCCCAGGUGCUACUGUCCAGAAGGAUUUCAGGGGGCGACAUGUGAGCAGAAGGUGGAUCCGUGUGCGUCUCGGCCUUGCCACAACAAUGGAACCUGCCACCCUCAGGGUCCAAGCCCCCUGGGGUUUGGCUGCAGCUGCACAUCUGGUUUCACUGGCCCCACUUGUGCCCAGCUGGUCGACUUCUGUGCUUUGAACCCGUGUGCCCACGGAGUGUGUCGCAGUGUGGGCAACAGCUACAGAUGUCUUUGUGUGCCAGGCUACCACGGUUUGUACUGUGAAGAAGAGUACAAUGAGUGUCUGUCUGCGCCCUGCCAAAACUAUGCCACCUGCCGGGACCUCAUCAAUGCCUACGAAUGUGUUUGCACGCCACAGUUUGAAGGGAAACAUUGUGAAAUUUACAAGGACCCAUGUCUGAAAAUGAAGUGCCUCAAUGGAGGUCACUGCGAGAGUGCAGGACUCAAUGCUUCCUGUGCCUGCCCACCUGGAUACAUGGGGGGGCGGUGCGAGGUCGACAUCAACGAGUGUGAGAGCAACCCUUGUCACCAUGGAGGCACUUGUGUGGACCAAUCACAUGGCUUCACCUGUCACUGUCUGCCUGGGUGGGUGGGGCCUAACUGUGAGAUCCACCUGCAAUGGAAGCCACAGCAUUCGGAGGAAACUCUGACUAACAUGCCCCGCCACUCCCUUUACAUCAUCAUCGGAGCGUUGUGUGUGGCCUUCGUCCUCAUGCUCAUCAUCCUCAUCGUGGGCAUCUGUCGCAUCAGCCGCAUCGAGUACCAGGGCUCGUCACGCCACGCCUACCAGGAGUUCUACAACUGCCGCAGCAUCGACAGCGAGUUUAGCAACGCCAUCGCUUCCAUCCGCCACGCCAGAUUUGGCAAGAAGUCCCGGCCUGCCAUGUACGACGCCACUCCCAUCAACUACGAAGACUACAGUCCGGAUGACAAACCUUUGGUUACUCUAAUAAAAACGAAGGAUUUGUAAAACACAGCAACUCACCACAUGUUGCACACAUACACACACGCGUGUAUUGGAAAGUCAGUCUGAAUGUAGAAUUAGAGAAUACGAAAGCAAAGAUCCCAAAAUCCAAUACAGGUGGUCCUCGUUUUUACAUCGUUGGUUAAGAAAACGCGCUCCCAUGAAUUCAUUAAAAAAGUAUUUUGCGUCCGUAAGUACAAGACUGGUUUGUCUACACUGAGGAAGGAAAACAUUGCUUAUUAGUUCAUUUUUUGCGCUUCAUUGUGUCUCGUAGGUUAUGUCUUUGAUGGCAGUGCGCCAAAGAAAAGGAAAGUGUAAAAAAAUGAAAGGCAUAAAAAGGUAUUGUGCUCGACUGUUGCGAUUAUUAAGGAUGUAAUUUUUGAGCAUGUUAAAUGACACCUAAGCAGCGUCACAUUAUUGGGAUUGAGACUAAAAGAUUGUUUGGGAUCUUAAAAGGUAAUAAAAUAAGGGAUGUUUUUUGCGGUUUUAGGCUAAUUAGCAAAACUAAGGUUCAAGGUGGGGAUGACAAAGCAGUUGGUUUGAUUGAUUGAUUGAAACUUUUAUUAGUAGAUUGCACAGUACAGUACAUAUUCCGUACAAUUGACCACUAAAUGGUAACACCCGAAUAAGUUUUUCAACUUGUUUAAGUCGGGGUCCACGUUAAUCAAUUCAUGGUAAUUGUUGGUAAUAGUUCGGAUUAUUGAAAGUGUAAAAAUGUACAUAAGGAAUCGUUCUCUUUUUUUUGUAGGCGUAUCUUACAACAGUCGAUUAUUCCACAAUUCCAUUUGGAGAAGGCGACUGUCAACCUCACAGUCAAAUCUUCGGACGUUGAACCCGACCAGUCGGCUCAGUCAACAAAUGUCUCUCACUGCCCCCCUCUGGCAACAGUGCGGAAACCUUGACCUUCUUUUAGAUACAGUGGAACCUCGAUUUACAAAUUUAGUUGGUUCUUGAACAGGGUUCGUAAAUUAAAAAAGUUUGUAUAUUGAAGCAAAUUUCUCCAUCGGAAACAAUGUAAACAUGAAAAGUAGUAUUUUAGUAAAAUAUUGUACACUGUAGACAAUAUAAAGUGCUUGACAUUACUGUAUAUCAAACAAACAUAACAUGGAGGUGAUGAAUCAACUACCUAUGUGAUGACACAGUCAAAACAACAACAACUAGCUGAAAUGUCGCCGUGCCAAAAUCACACACACACACUGUCACUAGCUUUGUGGUGCACUCUACCAGCCAGGUUGCUACAAUGAUUAGGACUUAAAUAAAACAAUCAACUUUAGCUUGUCAGUCAAUCUUCUUUGCGUGCAGAAGAAGGGAGAGGGAGGCAGUGUUGACAACGCUGUGGAUACUUUCUGAACGUUUCAAUCAACGCGUCACUUGCCCAUUGCUUUCUUUGGACUCAUAUUAAGCUAGAAAAAAACAGACAAAUGUUGGAAAAAGGCUAAAAAUAACAGAACUUGUGCUGACUGAAUGAACACUGGAGAUCGUUCAAUGGCUGAAACAUGACUGAGCAUUUAAUGGAAGCUGCUUCUAUAACCCAAUCAUGGCACCCACCUGUUCCCAACCAGCCCGUUCACCUGUGGGAUGCUCCAAAUAAGUGUUUGAUGAGCAUUCCUCAACUAUCUCAGUCAUUUUUGCCACCUGUGCCAGCAUCCCUGAAACAUGUUGCAGGCAACAUUCGUAGACCCAGACAAGGUCCGUACACCAAAGCGUAUUUUUAUCCGGUCUGUGGUUCGUAAAUUGAAAAGUUUGUACAAUAAGUGUUUCUUAAAUCGAGGUUCUGCCGUAGUCAAGUUUGGUUGUCUUAAUGCCCCAACUGGCCCCAACAGGAGACAAUACGAGGACCUAGCUGAACUAUCCGAUCUCUACAUUGUUUAUCAGAGUGUUUUAGCCUUUUUGAGUUGCAAAAAGUCGCAAAGGAGAUCUACUUGGGGCGGUAUAGCUCGGUUGGUAGAGUGGCCGUCCCAGCAACUUGAGGGUUCCAGGUUCGAUCCCCGCUUCUGCCAACCUAGUCACUGCCGUCGUGUCCUUGGGCAAGACACUUUACCCACCUACUACUAAGUGCCACCCACGCUGGUUUAAAAAUGUAACUUAGAUAUUGGGUUUCACUAUGUAAAGCGCUUUGAGUCACUAGAGAAAAGCGCUAUAGAAAUAUAAUUCACUUCACUUCACUGCUUAUGUGGAUCCUCGUUAGCUGGGCUCCUGCUAGCAUACAAAAACAUUUUGCCCAUAGUUGGCAAAAUCUACCAAAUCUGACUCGACCAUGAAAAUCCUUAUCAAAGACAGUCCUACUCUUUCUUACUGUUUCAUUUAUACCUUAAACGUGGAGUUUUAUUGUAUUUCAUAUCCCUCCCUACUAGUCUCUGUACAGUGUGACUGACCAAAGUCUUUAUUUCGGAAAGAGUUCCGACUAGAGAUGUCCGAUAAUAUCGGCCUGCCUAUAUUAUCGGCCGAUAAAUGCUUUAAAAUGUAAUAUCCGAAAUUAUCGGUAUCGUUUUUUUUAAUUAUCGGUAUCGUUUUUUUGGUUUUUUUUUUUAAAUUAAACAACAUAAAAAACACAAGAUACACUUACAAUUAGUGCACCAACCCACAAAACCUCCCUCCCCCAUUUACACUCAUUCACACAAAAGGGUUGUUUUUUUCUGUUAUUAAUAUUCUGGUUCCUACAUUAUAUAUCAAUACAGUCUGCAAGGGAUACAGUCCGUAAGCACACAUGAUUGUGCGUGCUGCUGGUCCACUAAUAGUACUAACCUUUAACAGUUAAUUUUACUCAUUUUCAUUAAUUACUAGUUUCUAUGUAACUGUUUUUAUAUUGUUUUACUUUAUUUUUUAUUCAAGAACAUUUUUUUAAUUGAUUUAUCUUAUUUUAUUAUUUUUUUUAAAAAGGACCUUAUCUUCACCAUACCUGGUUGUCCAAAUUAGGCAUAAUAAUGUGUUAAUUCCACGACUGUAUAUAUCGGUAUCGGUUGAUAUCGGUAUCGGUAAUUAAGAGUUGGACAAUAUCGGAUAUCGGCAAAAAAGCCAUUAUCGGACAUCCCUAGUUCCGACUUACACUAAAACUCGCGUCGUUGAUGACUGAACUCGUUCAAAAAGCCGAGGACCACCUGUAUGUCUGUUGGUUCAACGAACAAAUACGGAGGAUCUAUUUUCCUGUCGACGUUCACGCUUUUAAAGCUUUAUUGUAGCAUAAGAGCAGCAAGUUACGGACGAAGUACCAUCAGUACCAGUAAUCUGCGGGCACGGUUAGAGUGACGAUUAGUCUGCACCCAACUGUCUGUCUUCAGUCGGGGCCUGCAACUCAGGAGCCCGAUUUGUUAAAAAAAAAACAAUCAGACACAGCUGACAAGUCAGCACAGUUGUUGUAGAAAUAGUUGUCACUGCGUACGCUGUAUAUUUUUCUAUUUUAACUCGAUCCUGCAGUAGGUUGCCUUACUUCAUGCAUGGUUAGAUUUGAUGUUGUCGCUGUAAUAUUUGGAGAUCCUUUUCUUGGUGGCUAUUUUUUCCCCUGCAGAUGUAUUAUUACUCUGUCCAGAUUGUGCCAAAUAUUCUGUUGUGGUAAGUACAGUAGAACACACGUGGAAGACUAUUAGUCACGCGGAACCUUGUUUUCUGCCUUUUUAGUAAAUACUUACUGUCUUUGUUCUUUAAAUGCAAGUUUCUCAUUGGUGUAUGAAUCGUAUAGAAUGUACUAUAUUGCCACUUUAUGUGUUUAAGUCAAACUUAGGCUAGAACGGGGGUGUCCAAAGUGUGGCCUGUAGCUAUUUUAAAAAAAAAACACACAUUAAAAAGUGGAAUUUAAGAACAAACAGGUGUAAUGCAACAAGAACGUAUUGACACUAAUAACUAGGGCUGUCAAACGGUUUAAAUAUUUAAGCGUGAGUAAUCGCAGUUUGUUCAUAGUUAACUCAAAAUUAAUCGCAGAUAGAUACACUACCGUUCAAAAGUUUGGGGUCACAUAGAAAUGUCCUUAUUUUU